UUUUGGGUUUUAUUUUGAAGUGUUCAGUGUAGCCUGCUGCGAUGACUGUAAUCGCUUGUGAGUUUUUGUUUACCAAAUAAAAAAACUCGAGUGCAGUUCUAUGAAAAUUUACUUUUUUCAACCGGGAAAACGAGUUCCAAGGAAUCGGUGUCCAAAGAGGCCAAAUAGAAGAAUUAAAUGGCGCUGGAGUAACGAGCUGCGAAGUGAAGAGCGGCAUUCAUCCGGUGGAACUGGUCCGAUUUCAUCCAGUGACAGGAUUUCAACGGGUGUCGAUGCCUAACCUUAGCAAAAAGCAAGGCUCGUCUUCGAUUCGUCUGACAACAAUCCCAAUUGUGGAAAUCGCGGUCGUCGUUGGAGCACCACUGACGUCGUCCCAGACGGAAUUGGUGCCGCAAAAAUUGCGGGUCAAGAUGGACAAUCGGCUUAAACUAAUGCAGAGCUCGCCCAUUCCAAAUGCUUGCUACUUUGCGGGUCAGGUUUUCGAAUCAGCUAAACUUUCGUUAGAGUGUAUUGAGUGUGAUAUUCGGGUGAGCGUACUGCUGUUCUGCUACUACCACCAGAAUGCGAACAGCUAG